AUGCGCUCCCAAAUCCGCCUCCUCCUGGCGCUGCUCUGCGCGGCCCCCGCGGCCUCGGCGCCUCCGCCCUGGCAGCCGGCAUGGAGCGAUCCCAAUCCCAAUCCCAAUCCCAGUGCCUGGGGCUGGGCGGACGAGCAGCCCCAUUCCCAUUCCGGUUCCCAUUCCCAUUCCCGGUGGGGCUCCCGGGCGCAGGUGCCGGUGGAAGUGCAGUGCCAGGAGGCGCAGCUGGUGGUGAUCGUGCACCGGGACCUGUUCGGCAACGGCCGCUUGGUCAGCGCCGCCGAGCUCAGCCUGGGCCCCGCCGCCUGCAAACAUUCCCGCCUGGAUCCAUCCCAGAAAACCGUCACCUUCAGCGCCGGCCUGCACGAGUGCGGCAGCACCGUCCAGGUCACUCCGGAUUCCCUGAUUUACCGGACGCUCCUGAGCUACGAUCCAGCCCCGGGCAACCCGGCCAUCGUGCGCAGCGACCCGGCCGUCAUCCCCAUCGAGUGCCACUACCCCAGGCGGGAUAACGUCUCCAGCGGCUCCAUCCGUCCCACCUGGUCUCCCUUCAACUCCGCUCUGCACUCCCAGGAGAAGCUCCUGUUCUCCCUGCGCCUCAUGAACGAGGACUGGAGCUCGGAGCGGGAUCUCUCGGUGUUCCGCCUGGGGGACGUGCUGAACAUCCAGGCCGAGGUGGGCGCCCACAGCCACGUCCCCCUGCGGCUCUUCAUCGACUCCUGCGUGGCCACGCUGGGCCCCCGGCGCGGCACCGAGCCCCACUACGCCAUCAUCGACUUCAACGGCUGCCUGGUGGACGGGCGCUCCGAUGCCACCAGCUCGGCCUUUGUCACCCCCCGGCCGCGGCAGGACGUGCUGCGCUUCCAGAUCGACGCCUUCCGCUUCGCCGGCGACCCCCGCAGCCUGAUCUACAUCACGUGUCACCUGAAGGUGACACCGGCCGAGCAGAGCCCGGACGCGCUGAACAAGGCCUGCUCCUUCAGCAAGGCGCGCAACACCUGGGCGCCCGUGGAGGGGACAAGGGACAUCUGCAGCUGCUGCGAGCUGGGCAACUGCGGCCGGAGGCCAGCGGAGCCCUGGAACGGCCACCGCUACCGGAGACACGACGGGGACGGUGCUACCUCUGAAGCUGACGUUGUCAUCGGUCCCGUGCUGCUCUCGAGUGCCCAGCAUGACCAGCGCCCUGAGGGCCACCAGGGCGCGGUGGCACCGCUGGCCCUGGGGACAGCGCUGGCCUGUGCGGUGGCCGGCGUGGCCGUGGCCGGAGCCGCGCUGGCCAUCGGCCUCAGGCGCCGGAAUUCCCCAUGAACCCCGGAAUGACCGACGGAAAUCCCGAUAAAUCCCACAAGGACCAAUGGAAAUCCCAAACAAUCCCACAAGGACCAAUGGAAGUCCUGAUAAAUCCACAAGGACCAACAGAAUUCCCAAUAAAUCCCACAAGGACUGAUGGAAAUCCCGAUAAAUCCCACAACCCGCGGUGUCCGAGGGGUCACUCUGGGAGGGAAUCCCGGGAAUGGGGUGGGGAGAGUGACCAAUUCUGUCCCAGGGUCCCCAUUCCAUUCCGAUGUCCCCAUUCUUUUCUCAGUGUCCCCAUUCCCGUCCCAGUGUCCCUAAUCCCAUCCCAGUUGUCCCUAUUCCAAUGUCACCAUUCCCAGUGUCUCCAUUCCCAUCCCAGUGUACCCAAUCCCAUGUCCCCAGUCCCAAUGUCCCCAUUCAAUCCCACUGUCCCCAUUCCCUUGCCAGUGUCCCCAUUCCAUCCCAGUGUCCCCA